CCGCCUCCCGCCAGGGCGCCCUGGGGCGGGAGAGGUUUAGGCGGGUGGUGCUAGCUUUGGCCACUCGGCCGCUGAGCUCGUGCGGGGUUCUCUGGUUGCUGCUGCAGCCGCGAUCGUCCGUGCUGGUUGGGGGUCAACUAGAAAGCGGAGCUGAGGCUGUCAGCUUGGGCGCAGCUGCCUCACCAACCUUCCUCCUCCGGGCACGGUCCUGUCCGGUCCCCUCUGCUGGCCCCGAAGCCUACCCUGCCCCACCUUGCAGAGCAGAGAAGGAAAGAGAGCCCCAUGCCUGAGCCCAGGGGCGCAUCAUGGAUCUGACAAAGAUGGGUAUGAUCCAGCUUCAGAACCCUAGCCACCCCACGGGGCUGCUGUGCAAGGCCAAUCAGAUGCGACUGGCCGGGACUUUGUGCGAUGUGGUCAUCAUGGUGGACAGCCAGGAGUUCCAUGCCCACCGGACGGUGCUAGCCUGCACCAGCAAGAUGUUUGAAAUCCUCUUCCACCGAAACAGCCAGCACUACACUCUGGACUUCCUCUCGCCAAAAACCUUCCAGCAGAUCCUGGAGUAUGCCUACACGGCCACACUGCAAGCCAAGGCAGAGGACCUGGAUGACCUGCUCUAUGCAGCUGAGAUCCUGGAGAUUGAGUACCUGGAGGAACAGUGCCUGAAAAUCCUGGAGACCAUCCAGGCGUCUGAUGACAAUGACACAGAAGCCACUAUGGCUGACGGUGGGGGCGAAGAAGAAGAAGACCGUAAGGCUCGAUACCUCAAGAACAUCUUUAUCUCAAAGCAUUCCAGCGAGGAGAGUGGCUACGCCAGUGUGGCUGGACAGAGCCUCCCUGGGCCCAUGGUGGACCAGAGCCCCUCAGUCUCCACCUCUUUUGGUCUCUCAGCCAUGAGUCCUACCAAGGCAGCAGUGGACAGCUUGAUGAGCAUAGGACAGUCACUCCUGCAAGGAACUCUUCAGCCACCUGCAGGGCCUGAGGAGCCCACACUGGGAGGGGGUGUGCGGCACCCUGGGGUGGCUGAGGUGAAGAUGGAAAUGAUGCAGGUAGAUGAAGCCCCUGGCCAAGACAGCCCUGGGGCAGCUGAGGCUAGCAUCUCAGGAGGGAUGGGAGACAAGCUUGAAGAGAGGAGCAAAGAGGGGCCUGGGACCCCCACUCGAGGCAGUGUCAUCACCAGUGCCAGAGAGCUGCAUUAUGGGAGAGAGGAGAGUGGUGAACAGCUCUCACCUCCUGUUGAAGCUGGCCAGGGACCCCCUGGGCGGCAGGAGUCCCUGGCACCCCCAGUGGAGAAGCAUUUGGGCAUCUACUCGGUGUUGCCCAACCACAAGGCCGAUGCUGUGUUGAGCAUGCCGUCUUCAGUGACAUCUGGUCUCCACGUGCAGCCUGCCCUGGCAGUCUCCAUGGACUUCAGCACCUAUGGGGGUCUGCUGCCUCAGGGCUUCAUCCAGAGGGAGCUGUUCAGCAAGCUGGGUGAGCUGGCUGUGGGCAUGAAGGCUGAGAGCCGUCCUCUAGGGGAGCAGUGCAGCGUGUGUGGGGUCGAGCUUCCGGACAACGAGGCCGUGGAGCAGCACAGGAAGCUGCACAGUGGGAUGAAGACAUACGGGUGUGAGCUCUGCGGAAAACGGUUCCUGGACAGUUUGCGACUGAGAAUGCAUUUACUAGCCCAUUCAGCGGGUGCCAAAGCCUUUGUGUGUGAUCAGUGUGGUGCCCAGUUCUCAAAGGAGGAUGCCCUGGAGACACACAGGCAGACCCAUACUGGCACGGACAUGGCUGUCUUCUGUCUGCUGUGUGGGAAGCGCUUUCAGGCACAAAGCGCACUCCAGCAGCACAUGGAGGUCCACGCAGGCGUGCGCAGCUACAUCUGCAGUGAGUGCAACCGCACCUUCCCCAGCCACACAGCUCUCAAACGCCACCUUCGCUCACAUACAGGUGACCACCCAUAUGAGUGUGAGUUCUGCGGCAGCUGCUUCCGGGAUGAGAGCACUCUCAAGAGCCACAAGCGCAUCCACACAGGGGAGAAGCCCUAUGAGUGCAAUGGCUGUGGCAAGAAGUUCAGCCUGAAGCACCAGCUGGAGACGCACUACAGGGUUCACACAGGUGAGAAGCCCUUUGAGUGCAAACUCUGCCACCAGCGCUCCCGAGACUACUCGGCCAUGAUCAAGCACCUGAGAACGCACAACGGUGCCUCGCCAUACCAGUGUACCAUCUGCACGGAAUACUGCCCCAGCCUCUCCUCUAUGCAGAAACACAUGAAGGGCCACAAGCCGGAGGAGAUCCCACCUGACUGGAGGAUAGAGAAGACGUACCUCUACCUGUGUUAUGUGUGAAUGGGGGGGCACACUCCCCCCACCCCAACACAUGGUAGAGCAGCGGCAGGAGCCAGCAAAGGCGAGCUAGAACCAGACAAAGUGGAAAGACUGCGGAGAAAAGAAUAACAGAAAAGAAAAGAAAAGGGGGAAAUAGAAAAGAGAAAGAGAGGGAAACCUGGUAGUUACUUGGCCUUGGAUUAUUUCCUGGGGCUCCAGGUGAUCUGGCUGUCAAACCACUGCCCCUUCCCCCGGGGUCUCUGCCCUCCUUGGUUCUCUUGGGUGGGUGGGAUGGGUUUGCUCAUUCACACAGGGGCAUUUUUCUCCUCUCCAUGACCUACAACUUCCUUUUGUGUCCAGAAAUGGAAACCAGGAAGCAGAUGUGAGGGUCUCUGGUCAGAGCCAAGGCCUCUGCCCUUAUGCCUCCUUUCCUUUCCUCUGAAGAGGGUGGAAGGGGAGCAGAGAGGAGAGGCAGAAAUGAUGGGGAGCCCCCAGUUGAUGCCCAGAGUGGCAUCUCUGGAAUACUGAGGGUAGUGGGGAGGGAAAGGCUUUCUGCUCUGCCCAGCUGCUCUGCCAGCCUCAGCCGGUACCCCUCAUGGUCUCUGAGAGUCCCAUGGCUCUUUCAGCUUCUUGCACUUGCUUUUGAAGGCUGUUCUCUGGUCACAAGGGGCUUACACCCUCUAUGGAUCUGAACUGUAUCCUCCUUAGGUUCCUCCUAGGGAAAGCUGUGUCAGAUUCCAAAACCCCUCCCCCUCCCUCCCUCCAUCCCUCCCUCUGUCCUUCCCUCCAUCCUUCCCUCCAUCCCUCCUUCCAUCCCUCCCUCCAUCCCUCCCUCUGUCCCUCCCUUCCUUCCCUUAGCUUUCAGAGAACACAGAACAAAAUAAAGCAGGCGUUGUACCCCAGCCAAACUCCCUCAUGAGCAAGAUUCCUGCUGAGCUGCUCUCUGCUUGCAAACGGAAACAAAAAUCAAACAAAACCCAACUAAAUAUAUUCCAUCCCACCCUCCAAACAAGUACACAUCCCUGCAACCCCAGCUCUCAGCCCCUAGGGAAAGGAAUCCCAUCAUCCUAUUGAAAGGCCCCAUUGCCCCAGAGGAGGAGUAGAUGCCCUCCCAAAGGUGAGCUUUUCUUGGAAGUGGGAGUGGAUACCCUGCCUGAGCAGAGUGGGAGGACUGGCCACUGGAGGACAUCGCUGUCACUGAGGAUCCUCUAAGCACAGGGAGAACCCUAGAUCUGGAGAUUAGCCCCGAAUUCCUGGCUCAGAGUGGAGGUGGUGGGGCUGUCCCCAGGGAGCAGUGGGGAGGAGCUGACAGCGCUUUGGCCUCUUGUUAUGUUCGCUUUUAGCACAUUGUACUUGAAUUACCUCAGUUUCAUUUUUUUUUGUGACCUCAUGAGCUUUUGAAUCCCCUAUCUCCUUCCCCACCCCUUUGGCUGUGGGGGGAUAUUGGAGGAACGGGGAGGGUGUAACUUUCUGUUCUGGCGUAAGUUAAUAGUUGGCUUUGAACUUAACCUGGUAGAAGCCCUCCCCUUCUUUGGCUGGAUGCUGUAGGAAAAAGUGGACCACUCAGGAUCUGAAUGGAGGCCAGGAGGGCUGAGAAGGUGGUGGGACUGGAGGGAAGGACGAUUGGGUUCUCACAGUGUCUCCCCAUAGUGUCACUUGUCACUGUCAGUACCACCCAGGGCUCAGACUAUCAGUGCUCAGCUUCAGUUCAGACCGAAACACUCUGGAGAAAGAUCCUACUGGUCUUAGAAUUAUCUGGGCUGUUUAGGUUCGAGAGGGCCCGUGUACAACCACGUGGUCUCCUACCGUCAACACUGCCAGAAUUGGUAUAUUUUAAUGGCUGGUGUGUGCCUGAGGGGCAGACGAGUCAGGUUUGGUUGUGCUGGGUGGGGUACUGUUUUUCUAAAAGCUACCUCUUCUGUUUGUCCAGUCUUUGGUUCCCUCUGCAGCUCUGCCUCCUCCAGCCUCCUUGCCCUGAAUUUUGGAAAGCACAUUUGCAAUAAUCCCCUUUGCUUUGGGACGGACCCCCCCCCCCCCCCCCCCCCCCCGCUUCCUUUCUUACUUUAUGUUGUCAGAUACCUGUUGUUUUUUUCCUCUCCUCCUCUUCUUUCUCUGAGAGAGUCAUGGCUGUGUUUUGAUCAUAGGUUUUAAAAAGUGGCUUAGGAAAGGUUGGCAGGGGUGAAGGGCUGUGAAAAGUAACAGAAGUCGGAGGGGUGGAUGCUGCUGUAGCCACUCCCCCUAUUCCUCGGCCACGCCCCGUCCCGCCCAUUUCCCCCCUACAAUUUCAUCCAUUUUGUAUCUGAAGGCCUUAAAAAACAAACAAACCAACCAUGUGUUGAGAGGAUCUGGGUUGGGGCGCUUGACUCUCUGGUGUGAACUAGGGAGGGUAAAGUGCAGAGGGGACUAUUUUGGAACUGUAGGGAGAACUUAGUGCAUUGGGAAGAAAAAAAAAAACUUUAAGCUUGAAAUAUAUGACCAGAAAAGCUGUCGUGCUUAUAAUGUGAAAAGAGAAUCUUCUAGAAAAGAGUGGUUUUUAAAAAGUCAUUAUGCACUAUGGCUUAUUCCCCCAACUAGGGGGAUAAAAGUGUGAACUGCUCACCUUCAGGGAUCUGUAAAUCCCAGAAAACAGUAUAUUUAACAGUGAGAUGUCAUUCAAGAUUAGUGACAAAGGGAAAACCUUUCAACUACUCCAUAGAACUGGCUGGCCCCUUGCUUCCUGAACCCCUGCCCUGACCCCUGCCCAAUCAGAGGGCUGAGCUGAUCUUUGCAAACUGUAAUAUUUUUGUAGUAUUUGUUAGUUCCUUCUUCCUUUCUACAGGACCUUGCUCUUUCCUUUUGUAAUGUGAACAGGGGCGGGGGGUGGGUUUAAAAAGAAGAAAAAGGUAAAAAAAAAAAGUUCAUGGCCAUCAACAGCAAAAUCUGUGUGUGUGUGUGUGUGUGAGAGAGAGAGAGAGAGGGAGGGAGAGAGAGGGAGGAAGAGAGAGAAGGAAAGAGAGAGAGAGAGAGAGAAGUCACAAGGUAUUGUCUUGUGCUGCUGUCUCAAUGUUGGUACUCACGCAGCCUGCCCUGUCUGUCCCUGAGGGCUCUGGGAUCCUAGUGGAGGCAGGGACAGCUUUGAAGGGACCCCUUUCUUCUGUUUCCUUUGGAGCCAGGAUACCCUGAAGCCCCGAUGUUCCACCAGGCCUUCCCAUUCAGAAAGAGGAAAAGGUUUUAAAGUCUCCAGGGCCUUCUCUGCUGAGCUUGAUGGCCACUGGGCAGGUAGGAGGCUAUCUGGAGCCUUCCAGGAGCAUGGAGCUGAAGAGCUGGAAGGAUGGGUGGAGGCCCUUUCUUUCCCAGGUAGCUUAAACCAUAUUUGUUUCACUCCUUGAGGCUUCUGGAUUGUCACGCCUCUGCCUUUGGCCGUGUUGUUAACAGAACCCCAGAACCCCCACUUGCUACUGCCUUAUCCAGCUCGGUGACCCCCUCCCCACCUAGCAUAUCCAAGCUGCUUACUGGUUCCUCCCCCUGCCCAGUUUCUACGAAUUAAUCCCUUCAUGCCUCUGACCACGCUGACCCCCACCCCCACCCAGUGCUGCUCCCCUGCUCACUCCUUUGCUCAUUUAAAGCAUUAAAAUCCUAUAUGUAUAUAGGAUAGACAAAAAGUAUAUAUAUAUUAUAUAUAUAGAAAGAGAUAUAGUAAGAGAGAUAUAAGUUAGAGAAAUGUCAUUGCUGCUUGGUUGCUUUACAUGAAGAAGAGGAAGGCAGAUCUGGGGUGUCGGGGUGGGCUGGAAGGCUGGGGGAACCCAGUGAUUCAGUACAAUCCAGGGAUACCACACGGGCCUAUUUAAAUCUUUGUGCCUGAACAGUUUUUCCAUGUUGAGGAAAAAAAAACUGCUGUAGAUUUUUAGGAGUAUAUGGUAUUGCUGCCAGGUACCGUAGGGGCGGCCGGGAUGGGAGGACCAGGGUCCCUUAGAGAAGAGGGGACAGGAAGCACUUUUGGUCUUAGGCCAUGGUGAGGGAAGUGGAGCGGGUAGACUUUCGGCCAGCCCUCUAGUCAGCCAGACUAAGGUGGACACUGGGGACACUGGCAUGAGACAGAUGCAUAAAGAGCUAGGGUUCUGUUGAUUUAUUCCGCCCCCUGCUUGCUAUCUCAUCCCCUUCUGUCCAGCCUCAUUCCUCUCCUGGAACUUCUGGCCCAGCUACAGUGGCUGCACUUACUUGGAGGUUCCUGGAGGAGGACAAACCGCUGAACUAACGGGUGGAGGAGGAUAAAAGAGAGAUGCCCAAGAGAAGGGUUCAGGACAAACAGAAUGGAUGGAAUCAGGGGAAAAAGUGAGGGGAAGGGAGAGAGGCCCAGCAAGCCUGCCUGCCAGCAGCUCUGAGUCCUCCGUUCCUGGGUGGCCCACUUUGCAGACAGGGUCCCUCCUCCCCGAGUGUAUCAUAGUACUUGUUCACAUAGUGUUAUGCAUGAAUCCUUGUAAGGUGAAGAACCGCCAUGAUGCACCAUGCCAUCGCCCUAUAUAUAAAGAUAAAUAUAUAUAUAUGUAUGUAUGUAUGUAAGUUAUAGCACUGAGGGCCCUCUGGCCCUGCUGGACCAAGCAAAACUAAGCCUUUCGGUUUGGGUAUCUUAUUUUUUUGGUUUUUUCUUUCUUCCUUUCUUUCUCUCUCUUUUUUUUUUUUUUUUUUUUUUUUUUUUUUUUUUUUUUUUUUUUUUUUUUUUGCUUGUCUGAUGUGAGAGCACAGGUGCCAGUCCAAUUGCUUUGUAUCACAGAAUAGUGUUUUUAAUUCAUCAAUGUUCUAGUUAAUGUCUACCUCAGCACCUCCUCUUAGCCUAAUUCUAGGAGGUUGCCCAAUUUUGUUUCUUCAAUUUUAUUGGUUCUUUUGGUUGUUGUACAAAUCACUCUCUCUGCCCUUGACCCCUCCCCCUUCCUCCUCUCUGCUGUCUCCCCUCACACACCCUAUCUUUCCCUCAGGUCCACCUGGCUCGCUCGCUCGGUUAGCCCCAUCUCUCCCUUCCCCUUGCUUUCACCUUCCUCCAGUCCAGAUUUCUUUCUGUCCACUUGGAAGUGUGCUCCCCUGUUGCCGCUUACCCACACCUGCCUUCGUUCUGUGUAGAUCGAUGCGUUUCUUUGUAACUUCAGUGUUUCUGACAAGACUUUAAAAAAAAAAAAUAAGGAAAAAAAAAUGAAUUUACUGCUGCAGGUUUUUUUCUCCAUGUGUCACUAAGUGAAGUUUGUGCCUUCUAUAGCAAAGAGAAUAUUUUUUACAUCCUACUAACAGUAGAUUUUUUUGUAGUGAACAUUUUUUGUAUUUUUAUUUAUAAGUCUCAUAAGAAAAAUAGCGAUGUUCAGUUGUAUACCUUGAAUCUGCAGUUAGAAGAGAAUAAAGUUAAUUCAGUUGUCUCUGG